CCUCACACUCACCGGUUCGUCGUCCCUCGCCUUUUUUUGAACCGUUUGCCCCUCUCUCGUCUCGUUCGCAUCUGACUUCAUCACCGGCGGUUGCGCCAUGGACAGUCGCCGCCGCCUCCACGACCACCGCCACCACGGCCGAGUAGUCUCCGGAGAGCGUUUGUCGGUGGAGUCCCUGCCGUUGAUUGACACGCGCCUCCUGUCUCAGUCGGAACUUCUCUCGCUCUCCCUUUGUUCUCCUCUCUCUUCUUCGUCUUCUUCUUCGGCGUCCCUCGCUGCUUCUGCAGGUGGAGACGACGAUUUGACUCCGAAGAUCGAUCGCUCUGUCUUUAAUGAGUCCGCCGGAAGCCGGAAGCAGACGUUCCUCCGCCUCCGCCUGGCACGCCACCCUCCGCCUCCGAGACCGCCGUCGUCACGACGCCAGCUCGAUGAAUCUUCUUUCGAAGAGAACUCGCAGGUUGUUUCCCUACUCAGAUCUCUUUUCUCUAUCGGUUCGUCUCCGAGAAAGACGAAGGAAAAUGGUGGAGAAGAGGAAGGUCAUGAAGAGUAUGAGCACGAAGACAGCGAAGGUCAGCGGCUGUUUCCUGUCCCGAUUAAUUUUUUCAGCAAUGUCUAUCAGGAUCUGAAUCUGGAUUCUGUACAGAGCGUUCUAGUUCAGAUGAUCUCCGGCAAUGAAACGAGAAGGAAGCGAGGGAGGCCGAGGAAGAUUAGGAGCCCUAGCGACCGGGCGAUUGUCAUCGGGAGGGGUGAAGGUGUAGAGGCGUCUGAUGUUUCCAAUUGGAUUGAGGCACUUCCGUAUUCGAAUUCGAUAGCUAUGGAGACGCGGGAAACUUCCUUCGAGGAGACACCGAUUGAAGAUUUGGGAUUGCAGAGAAGAGAUGGAGCUUCAAUUUUCUUCACGGACCCAAAUUCGAACACGUUGAGCACACUGCAAGUGAAGAAAAAGAGAGGUCGUCCCCCGAAGAAUAGAGAUUCCGUCAAUCAGGUGGGAGUGAGCAGGAACUGCGAAGAUAAAGAGCCACUGGACUUGCAGAACAGGGAUGGUGCCAUGGUUGAUCUAUUGACAUUGGCUAAUGCUGAGGAUCCUUACGGGGAGGAGCUGAGGAGGAGGACGAUGGGGUUGCAGACCAAAGCUGAGCUGUUGGGGUUCCUGGCACAGCUGAGAGGUGAAUGGGUGAAUGCUGGGAAGAAGAAAAGGGUUGUUGAGGCUUCUGAUUUCGGGGACACGUUGCCUCGAGGAUGGAAGCUUAUGCUCUGUGUCAAACAGAAAGCUGGCGAUGUUUGGCUUGCUUGUCGCAGAUACAUGAGCCCUAACGGGCAGCAGUUUGCGACCUGCAAGGAAGUCUCGGCACAUCUGAUAUCCAUUCUUGAAGCCCAGGGCGAGAAGAAUCAGUCUAGAAUCAGACGACAUCCACAUGGGAUGUUCUACGAAUCUUCGGCCGGGGUGAGGGGAGAUCAUGGGGGUAUGAGUGAGGAUCCAGUGGAAACCAAUCUGGUGGGUAUGGGGGGCAAUGCAGUGUUGGAUUUGGUGGGCAGAGACAACCUCAAGAAGAGCAUGAUGAUAGACUUUUUCAGCAGAGAAGGGGAGAUGGUGGUGAACAAAGAAUUGGUGGAGUUGUCGAGUUCGGAGGCAAUGUAUGGUGAGAAGCUGAGAAAAAUGACUCAGGGUCUGGCCACUACUGAGGAGCUUCUUCAGUUCUGGAGCUCUUGAAAAAGGCUGCAAGUUAUCAGUUAAUUCAUAUGAUUGAUGAUGAUAUGCUUUGUUACCGCAUGCAGUGAUUGAUCAUUGAUGAUUGUGCAUUUAAAGUUGAUAUAAUCUUUUUUUUCAGAAAGGGUAUAUAAAUGUCCGGAAUGUUAAUUCUAUAAUAUUAUUUUCUUUCCUUCAUUUUUAUCUACAUUUCAGCAGUUUUUAAACAUUUGUCAAAUUCGGGUAUUUGAUAUAAGUAAAUCAUUUUACAUCUUUUUUUCUUCCAGAAUUUGGAUAUAUCCGUUAGGUUGUUUACGAAAGAACUGAAUCGAGCGGUCCAUACUCAUUCACGACACAUCUAUGACGAUAUUCCAAUGUUUAUGAUGUUCUUAUUUGCUUAUUUGGUUAAGUAUCAAAUACCCAAUCCAAAUCAAACAACACAAUAAACUAGAUUUAGAUUUCUUAAACCAGAACUUAAACCGAAGCUGAAUCCAAAUCGAAAAACCGAAUCAAACCAAACAAAAUUCAAAAAUAAAUACUCGAAAGAGAUGUAAAUUUUCAAGACCAAAUAAUCGAAACGGAGUUUAAACCAGACCCCGUAAAAGCCAUCACUGUGUAUGCACACACACGUACCAUGACUUUCUUUUUUUUUUUUUUUUUUUGCAAACUUCACCCAAAAAUCACCAAAA